AUGGGUGCAUGCAAAAGAGAACAAGCUAUCCGGGCCAAGGACUUGGCCCUCCAGAAGAUGUCUGCCCGUGACUUCCAAUCUGCACGAAAACUCGCCGCACGGGCCCGCCACCUCUGCCCGGACCUAGACGGCCUCAACCCGAUCAGCCUCGUCUGCUCAGUCCACUGCUCUGCCGAUGCUUCCCGGGCGGCAGACGACGACGAGCUCGACUGGUACAAAAUCCUCCUCGUGGGCCCCACCGCCGACGAGGCCGCCGUCAGGCGGCAGUACAGACGGAUGGCACUCUGUCUGAGACAGGACAAAAAUGGGCUUCCGGGUGCUGACGAGGCAUUCGGGCUCGUCCGCCGGGCCCGGGCCGUGCUGGCGGACACCGAGGAAAGAAAGGCAUAUGAUGGCCGGAGGAAAAACGCCAGCUUGUCGGGUUCCCGUUUGCAGGGCAACGGGGCAGAGGAUAAUAGGUUCGGGUUUUCGGGUUUUCGGAGCGGAUACCGGGACAAUAAUAGCCCUGCUUCUCUGGAAAAAUCGAGCAAUGUACUGAGUUUUUCGGGUAGCCAGAAUGAUAUGCCAAAAUAUUCCGGGUUUUCUGGUUUUCGGUGUGACAAUCGUGUUUUUCCUGAAAAAUGCAAUAAAGACAGUGGCUUUACAGCCUUCAAGGAUGAUAACAUCAGUUUCUCCAAGUUCGAGGAGAUGGGUUUUGUGAGAUUCAAGGAUUCGGGUUUGUCCGGAUUCCACAUCCGGCCUGACCCGUCUCCCGAUCAGGGAUUCACAAGACGUAGCAUCACUAAGGAGAAUAAUUUGCCGGUAAACGGUAUUAAACCUUUCGGUUUCGCUGCCGUGCAGGGGAAUGUUCUCAAGAAGUUUGGUCCUAAACCUCAUUCGAAAGUUACGAAGCUGAAAAGGCAAAAUAAGAAGAAAACAGCCGUGAAAGUAGGCGAAAAGGGAAGCAGCCGAGUGGAAAAGUUGCCCGUGGAUUUGAAAAAACUCGAGUACUCUGAUUCGGAACUGAAUGAUUUUGAGAAGGGGAGGGCGAAAAGAAACUUCGGCCCGGGACAAAUAUGGGCACUUUACGAUACCUUAGAUGCCAUGCCGAGAUUCUAUGCUCUGAUCAAUAAAGUUAUCUCUGACGAUUUUAAGGUUGAGGUUACGUGGCUCGAACCGUGUCCUAACAACGAGGACGAAAAGAAAUGGCUGCACAACGGCUUGCCAGCUUCUUGCGGUAAAUUCAGGCCCGGUGCAAGCGAGAUAAUAGAAGAUCACGCGGUUUUCUCGCAUUUAGUGAAAUGGAAGAAGGACAUUCGGAAUAUAUAUCACGUGCAUCCUAAAAAGGGCGAGACUUGGGCUAUGUUCAAGAACUGGAGUUUGGAAUGGCGUUUGAACCCGGGAAAUCACAUUAAACGGUUCGAGUUCGAUUUUGUGGAGAUUCUAUCCGAAUACCGGGCCGGGUUUGGUGCAAAAGUUGCGUUUUUGGGUAAGAUUAAGGGCUUCUCGACUCUUUUCUGCCGAAUGAGUGAGAAACGAGUGGUUCCGGUGAAUGACAGGCUUAGGUUCUCUCAUCGUGUUUCGUCGUUUAAAAUGACAAGCAGCACGGGCUUGAAUGGUGAUUCGAGUUCGUUUGAACUUGAUCCGGCUUCGUUGCCAGUAGGGUUUGGUUGUUCGGAAAUUUCGAGCAUCAGCGGGAUUUUCAUGUGA